AUGAAACCCAUCGGUCCUAUCAUUGAUGGAACUGAUCUUAUAACUCAGCCACUGAAAGCAGCGACAGAAGGGAAAUUUAGAAAGAUCCCGAUGAUUAUUGGUACUACCACUGAAGAGGCAAGACUGUUUGUGUAUGGUGCUUGGACACGCAACCUUACCCGUGCUGAGUACGAAGCUGCUCUGGCAAUAAUCCAUCCACCUCACUUUGAAGACAUUGAAAUGUUUUAUAAACCUAAACCUGAUUUAGAAGAUUACAGAGACGACUUAUGUGUUGUUUGCACCGAUUUCAUAUUCACGUGUGCUAAUAGAAAUGCUACAAGAAAUAUUUUAGCAAACAAUGAUCGUGCAGUGUAUCAGUAUGUUUUUGAUCAUGCAACAGCUACACAUGGUGGAUGGGGUAAGGACUCGUUCUGUGAAGGCCAUGUAUGUCAUGCUGAAGAACUUGGUUACAUUUUUCAAAACCAACGCAUUGGAAAACCAACAUUGGAGGAGACACAGCUAGCUAACAGCAUGUUGUUAUAUUGGACCAACUUUGCUUAUUCACUUGAGCCGAAUAUUGGUAGAUUUUCGCCGGUAUUGACGUGGCCAAACUAUGCAUCGAACACUUCAGCUACCAUGCACUUUUUAACUCCAAAAAAUAUGAUUUUUCAUGAUUACAGAAGUACUUUCUGUAACUUUUGGGAUUCAGUUGGAUAUGAACAAAAUUAA